AUCCCUCCAAACUACGUAUGUGAUAUGUGUGCAAGUUAUUAUAUGGGAUGCACUGGUGACUGGAUAAGGUUUGGUCGUCUGCUUAUUGUCGUUGAUAGGUAGAAAAGAAAAUAGGUGUAUCCGAAUUUGAAGAAAGGUAUCAAUCAAAUUCAACGCGGCAUGCCACCAUGUUGUCGAAACUUACAUUCCAACUUUUUGCAAUCGCUUUAUUCGCCCUUUUCCAUCGGACUAGUGCAGUUUCUUUCAAUGAACCAUGUACUCCGACAGCAUUUUGCGAUUUAUCUGUCGGACUAGUUUGUGAAAAUGCCCUUUGUCGGUGUGCCCAAGGGCCACUUACGAGCCAAGUAUCCUACAAUUUGGAGUGGGAUUCCGGCAGAGGAGAGUGCGUGGGACAAAAAGAAUCUGCCUGCGUUGGUACGAGACAGUCCCCUGUCCCCACGGGAAUGAAAGCUAUCCAUUGUGUGGAUCCCUUGACAUGCAUUCAACUUCCAGACAUGCCUCUUGGCGUGGGUUCAUGCAUAAAUGUGCCGAAGGUCUCCCUCAAUGGAACUUCCUGCACCAAAGACGCGUUCUGCGACUCUUCUCGAAGUCUCGUGUGCACGGAUGGGCUUUGCACCUGUGCAACUUCACGACGAAAUACCUCACCAGAUUACAAACUCGUUUGGGACGUUGACAACUGUGUAGCAACAAUUGGUGCUCCCUGCAUCGGAACGAAUGAAUCCCCCGUGGCAGCUGGACACAAACGCAUUGAGUGUAUUCAGGAUUCCGAAUGCGUCCAAGUUAGUGGACAAACACCAGGGGUAGGAACUUGUGUUUCUACAACAACACAAAACACGGCAACUAUGAUGUACUCUGGUAUUCAGAUUUGGACAAUAAUGACCAUGAUUGCGAUUGUUAUGUACCACAACUAAUCUUUUUUUAUCUGAUCACUUGUCGACUUUCCUCGUGUGCAAUUUCAUGAACGAAUAAAGUUAAAUGAUGAUAACCAAAUGAUCC